AUGUCUUCUCCAGCAGUGACUCCGCCGAAACGAACUCCCAGAAAGGCGGCGCCUCGGGGCAAGUGGAGCGAAGAGCAGCUGUUGACGAGCGAUAAGUCGGUGCUUAUCGACGCGGACUUGGUGAAGCUUCUGGCGAGACCCGAAGCUUGGAACAUUCUGGAGGAAGAUGAGAAACGGGAGAUUCUAGCUCUCCUCCCCGCGGAUACCCACUCGGAAUCGGAGCUCCCACCCGACGACCCCAAUGCGAAGAUACCCCCACUCCCCGAUUCAUUUGUUCGAUACUCCAAUAACUGGCGUGAUGGGAUUCGUCAGUUCCAACUUGAUCUCCAGAAUGGCCGUUACGACCCAGAAUGGCUACGUCAAGCUGAAAAUGCGCGACGGCAGCGAGAGAACGGCGACUUUGAUUCCUUUAAGGAGCGGGAAUUCGAGCAAUUCUGGGGACAGAAGCAGAAGACCAGCAUGACUCUGAUCUCCGGAGAAAGUGCAAAAAUCAAGCUCACUCAACUUAUUCGGACUGGCGUUUUCCUAGUCGGCGAUGUCUGGCGGUUCGGUUACGUAUAUGGCAAGGGACCCGACCGGAUUAUUAUUGACAAGGAAGUCAGGAUACACGAAAUAAAUGGCUCAAAGAUGACGUUUGUAAUUCCUGCCGGUCAGCGGGUCUUUCUGGUGAAUCACUCGCAUUUAGAGCAGGACCUGAUUGAAGAACCUGGAACGAAAGAGAGCCCGGCGGAGAAGGUGGUUCCGGUAAAGGAAGAACUUCAAGCUACGGAUGAGGUACGGGGACCUGAGGCUCCGAAAGAAGGAAGCAAGGAUGACGGGCCUAGUGAAGAGCUUGUCGAUACUGGAAGGCUGGAAGUGGCCACCAAAGCGGAGGGCGAAGGCUACUAUGGGAACGACUCUGUCCAGGUUGUCAUCGUCAGCCCACGGCAUCCAGACUCCACGGGAAAGGCAUCUAAGCGCCCAACGCCGCUCCCGGCCAUUGAGCCUCCCGCGAAACGGAAGCGCGGUCGGCCUCGCAAGAUACCGGCACCGGCACCAGCACCAGCACCAGCACUAGAGUCUGAGCCUGACCCCGAACCCGAGCCCGAAGAACAAAAUCAUGUCGGCAGCGAUACUGCUCUAGCAUCUAUGGGAACACUAUCAGUAGAAAUCACCAAGCCUGCGCCUAGUCCGGCAGCAGAACUUCUGCCUGCUACCAACAACGUUGCCAUGGACGCGACCCCAAGUCCGAACGAGGCAGAGCCCGACCAAGGCGACCCAUCAUCAUCACCACUAUCCGAGCCACCUACAUCGCUUACAACGUCUCCACCCAAAGCCCAGCCGACGGCUGAUGAGCCGGACGAAAUCAUUGUACCUGACAUUUCGUCGCCUAUGGUAUUGGUUCAUAAGAUCCUCCAGAUCGAUGGCCGCAGACCAGAUGGCCGUACAUCCAAUUCUUGGAAAGAAAUUCGCUGCUAUCGCAAGAACCAGGAUAUGGGUAGUCUCUGGGAUGUGAGACAAACUUGGUUUUCCAAGCAGAAUUGA